GCGUUGCGACAAUACUUGCAGCACAUGCAGUAUGUAUUUAACCUCUUUCUAUCGUUGUGAAUACGAGAGAGAAAUAUCUGUCUUGAUAAAUUUCGUACCUUUUAAGUAUAUAUUACUUAAAAAUUAGACAGGAGAAGAUGGGUAAAUUGGGACCGCGUUUAAGUAGCCGGAAAAAGGCGAAACGUUGGCCGAAGGGUCAGAGCUCCAGUUCUAAUCCACAAACUAAAAAGCAUCGGGAACAGGCAUCCUGGAUAUUCUUUAAAGAUUCAACAGCCUCUGCGAAGCCUGGUAUAACAAAGGAAGAUUUAAAAAAACACAAUGCUAUUCAAGGGAUUGAACCACAGGUAGAAACACUUGAUAGCGAAGGUAACUCUUGGGAAACAUGCACAGAAAAUACUGCUGAUACCUUUGCUACCAAUUAUAGUAAUUGUUCAAAUAUAUCAUUUAGUAGGUUUUUAAAUCAUUUUCAAUCGAAAUCACUGUUGCAUAAGGAAAUGUUAGCUGUGUUGUCUGCUGUAACGGAGAUUAUAAAACAGCAUGGUGGUAAUGAAUCUAGCACAGAAUAUUUUGCUGCAUUGAUGAGUACUUUGGAAGCGAUUGAAUCGGAUACAUCAAUCGCAGCUACACUCUCUUUAUUAGGCAUGGGCCUAAAAACUGUCCCAAAAAAUGUUUUAAAUAUCCAAUUUGGAGCUGCAAGUAGAAUUUUCUUAAAUAUCCUAGUUAAAUAUGCAUCGUCGGAAGAGUACCUAAUACUUCGACAUUGUAUUCAUUGUUUAUCUGUGCUCCUUCGAGCACAAGAAGCAGCCACAUGGUCUAGUUCAUCUACAAUGCAAGUGUUGGAUGUUAUUUUGUCAUUUACUAUACACUAUAAACCAAAAUUAAGAAAAUCAGCACAACAUGGAAUAUGUGCUAUAUUAAACGGAAGUGAUAUCAUGAAAAGUGAAAACCCAUCGCAAUAUCAUCCAGCUACUCCAUACAUCGCAAAAUUCUGUAUUGGUCAACUUGAUUCCAAGUCCGAUGGUAUUACAAAUGUUCUCCAUGUCCUUACACUACUAAAAGACAUUUUCCAUCAUUUACCAAAGAUUCAUGUGAAGACUAUCAGUGAAUCUUUAUUGAAGCUUAUGACUAUGAAAAAUGUGUUAGUAACUUCAUGUUGUCUACAAACCUUUCAUGGUUUGUUCGUUUCUCGACCAUCAGAAGCUAUUCUACCAGUACAAAGAAAUGGGCAAAUCAUUACUGCCUUAUAUGAUUACCAACCUCCAGCAACUGAUACACAACCAACUUUAGCGUGGCUAACUGUAAUGCAAGAAGCAUAUUUGAAUUUAGCCCACAAUUCAUUAAAUUUAUGCGCAGUUCUGUUACCAAGAAUUUUAGACAGAUGCAUGCAAUUGUGGCUUUCGGACAAAUCAGAAGUUAUAUCUGGUUCUUCGCACACGAUAAAAAUUUUAUUACAAGACUGUGUCGGUAAAAUAUGUGAAACCGAAGAAUCAAUGAAAACAUAUAAGGACACUAUCAAUCAGAUAACUUUUAUGAUCCAUCAAGCAUUAGGUUAUCAGUAUUUGGAAGCUUGGUAUCAUAUUCUUCAUUUAAUAGCCCUACUGUUUCAGGUAACUGGUAAAGCGAGAAGUCCGCAAUUAAUAGAGAUAUUAAAAACUCUAGCUGAGUUACGUGAUUCUUACAAUUUUGCAUCGAAAAAUGACGCUGAGUACGCUAUUGGAGCUGCGAUAAGAGUACUAGGACCGGAGACAAUAUUAAAUUUGAUUCCAUUGAAGGUAUCGGACAAUGCGAUUAAUUUAAAAAGAACUUGGCUACUACCAUUACUGAAAGAUUGCGUGCUAGGUGGAUCACUUACUUUCUUCAUGGAAAUAUUACUACCUAUCGUUGCAUUGUGCGAAAAAAAAGCAACCGAACCUGUAGGCGGCAAAACUUACGAAUUUCUCGUUUGCCAAAUCUGGGCUAUUUUACCAAGUAUAUGCAACAACGCUACUGAUGUGAAAGAUAAUUUCAAGAAUAUAGCUAGACUGUUAGGAACAAAUUUAAAUGAGAGAAAGAAUUUAAGGAUGUCGAUAAUGUCUGCCUUACGAAGAUUAAUAACGAAAGCAGUCGAAGACGACAAAAAAGAAGAUAUACACGAACUAGCUAGAUUUGCAAAGAAUUAUUUACCAUUGUUUUUAAAUCUAUACACUACUAAGCCACUUGGAACUGACGAAGAAGGACAACGCUUUGCUACAUAUGAUACAAUAAGGGUGUAUCUUACAAUUACGGAUAAGGAAUUGGUACACGAAUUAUUCGAUCGUGCGUUAUUUAAGUUAAAAGAACCUGAUAUCGACGAUUUUUUCAAAGAAAGUAUUCACGAUAUAAUAAGAUUAUUUAUUAAUUAUACUGACAUUAACAGAUUAAAGACGUUUUACGAUAUGAGUGUACCUCUUCUUAAAGAAAUUUCUAAAACCAAGGAACAGAAGAAAGCAUAUAGGUUUUUAGAAGAGAUAUGUGGCAGUGAGAAGGAAACAUGUAAAGAGUUUGUAGUUCAAUACAGACGGGAGAUACAAAAAUUAUUAAUAUCCUCAGCUACUGAAGUCGCAAAACCAAGCAGAGGAGCACGAUUAAGAUGCUUAAUUCAUCUGAUCAAAAUUCAUCCACAACUUGAGAAAACUAAAUUCUUAGAAGCCAUUGUGCCCGAAGCAGUAAUCUAUUUAAAAGAUUUAAAUACGAAAUGUCGAACUUCUGCAUAUCAACUUUUAAACACUAUUGCCGAGAAAUUUCUACAAAAUCCUACAAAUCUUAAAGAAUAUGUUAAUAUGCUCAUGGUUGGUUUGAGUGGUGCGAUAGAAAAUAUACAAAAGUAUUGUACCGCAUCCUUGCUGGCACUUUCCUCUAUCACUUAUCAUUACAACGGAUCUUUAGGUAUAGAGACAGUUAAAGAAAUCUUGGGACAAGCUUGUAUUUUUGUUACAAGUCCGACGAGAGAAAUUGCAGAAGCCGCAUUGGCAUAUAUCAAAGUCUAUAUUACUGUGAUACCAUCUCAUAUUGCUGCUUCGAAUUUAAAAUUGUUGAUAGACGGUUUAUGUGCAAUGAACGAUGACUGCCAUAGGCAUUUCAGACAAAAAGUACGAGAUAUUCUAGUAAAGUUAAUAAGAAAAUAUGGAAUGGAAACAAUUUCUGGCAUGAUUCCAGCUUCUAAUGCGAUGUUACAUAAGAGAUUGAAAAAUAUGAAUAAGGCAGAAGAAGCAAAGAAAAAGAAAAAUGAAUUGAGGAAAUUGAAAAAACAAGAAAAUGACGAGGAUACUGAAUUCAGUGCAAAGAGAAAACCUAAAAGUAUGGAAGAAAUAUUGGCGGAUAGCGAUGAUGAGUUCGAUGAAGAUAUGGACAAUGAAGAGUCAAGGAAAAAGAAGAAAAGAACAUCGCGAAAGGAAGCCUGGAUUCAUGAGAAUGAAGAGAUUGUUGAUCUCGUUGAUCCUGCGGCUGCUCGAAAUAUAUCAACAACGCAACCUACAGUCGCUAUAAAUUCAAAAAUAGCAGCUAUAAAACGGAAAGAUCGUGAAUUUAAGACUACAUCUGAUGGUCGUCUUAUUAUCACAGUAGAUAAUGAAAAAGAUAAUGAACCAGAACCCAAGAGAAAGAAGAAAUCUGCACUUUUGUUGCACAGUGAUUCAGAAGACGAUUAUGAAGAUGAUGUUCAGUCUGUAGCUAUGUCGCAAGCAAUGGAUAAAAAACGUAAAUAUAGCGAUAGUUAUGAUAACAUUAGCGUAAGGAGUGGAUCCACAUUGAAGUAUCAAGCAGGAGGGUCUGGAAUACAUCGACCAUUGAAAAAAUCAAGAACGGAAUAUAUACCAGGAGCAGAAUAUAAAGCAUCAAAGGCUGGAGGUGAUGUUAAAAGGAAAGGAAAACCAGAUCCAUAUGCUUAUGUACCUCUGUCAAGAGCAGCAUUAAACAAAAGAAAAAAGAAGAAGAAUGCGAGUAAAUUUCAGAACAUUAUUAAAGGAGCGAAGAAAGGUGCGAAAAUUGGAAUGAAGCAAAGGAAAAACUAAAGUAUAAUAUAGCAUAGAAAUAUUUUCAAAAACUAUGCUUUUGUGGCAUGAGUCUCUAAUUACGAUUAGGUUUCACUGGUUAUAAAUUUGUACAUACAUAAAAUACAUGAUAUAAAGAUGUACAAGAAAUGACACUGAAUUAAAAAUCUGUGAUGAUUUAUAACAUAUGUGGAUUAAUAUAUUAACAGAUAAACACUUGAGAAAUUGAUAUAUUGUUUGAAAAUAAAGUGACUGUCACAGAGCAAGAGAA